AUGGCCGGGCAGCCUGCGAAGCGCGCGCGCGUGGACUCGGGCUACUGCAUCAGCCCUCACCAUGCGGGGGAGCUGCAGCGACACGGGCCGAGGUUCCUGAAGAUGCUUGUCACCAACGCCACCGCGGGCAUCUUGAUCGGAAAGGGCGGGAGUGCCCUCAAGGAUCUCGAAACCAACUCUGGCUGCUGUGUGAAGCUUUCGCCCUCCGGCACCUUCUAUCCUGGGAGCGGAGGCUACCGCGUUGUCGGUGUCUCCGGCCACGAGGACUCGGUGGAACAAGUUCUGGCGAGCGUCCUCGAAGCCUCUUUCGAAGCCGAGCGACACAUUGCGCAGAAGGAGGGCCGCGAGGUCGAAGAUAGGGUCCUGGCCCAAGUUGCCAUGCCUUUCACCUCCUGCGGCCUCGUUAUCGGAAAGAGCGGAGCCAUGCAGAAAGAGAUUGGAGAGAAGACAGGCAUCAUGGUCAAGAUUACGCCGCAGGGCCAGAACGUGGUGCCGAAUGAGAGAAUCGCCACGUUGCAGGGCUCCCUGGGAUCCGUCAUCGCCGCGGCGACGCAGGUCUUCCGGCUCAUACAGUCGGACGCCUCACUCGGCACUCACAUGGAGACACCGGCAGAGGGCGGCUUCGCCCACUUCCAACCGCAGGUCAUUGAGCCGUGGCAGCCCGCACCGCCGCCCAGGGCUGCUGCCACCCCCAGGGCUGUCCCGCCGCCGAGGGGAGACUGGAGCGCCAUGGUCUCACCCCCCGCAGCAGCAAAGCCGUUCAACUCCGGCACGGGAGACUUCGGUGGAGGGACUCCCUGCUCAAUCUUCUUCGAAGUCACGGAUUCCGAGGCGGCACACAUCAUCGGCAAGGCGGGAUCUUACCUGCAAAUGGUGUGCCAAGACACCGGUGCCAAGGUGCAGCUCACCAAGAGAGGCGAGAGAGUUCCUGGGAGCGACAAGCGGAUCGUGACGGUCUCCGGACCGAUCCAGACUGUGCACGCGGCGCAUGGCUUGCUCAUGCAGCGCGCCGCAGAGGUCGUACCUCAGGAGCAGCGCGCCGCAUGA